AUGGGAAGGUUUGAGAACGUAGCUUUUAGUGCGCAAAUUCUCAACUACACAUUUAAUUGGAAUUUCUCUCACCCGUAUUCGAUAAAUGUAGUCAACAAAGGAACAGAAAGGAAUUAUGAGAAGAUCAUAACAACAUUUUCCAGCAACAGAUUCAAAGGGCAGAUACCAGAAUUCUUUGGGAAUCUUAAGGGGCUUCGAUCACUUAACCUAUCCAACAAUGAGCUCGAUGGUCCUAUCCCAUCAUCUUUGGGUAACUUAAUGGAGCUAGAAUCACUAGACCUGUCACAAAACUUUCUCUCAGGAAAAAUUCCUCAACAACUUACCUGCAACACAUUCCUAUCUGUUUUCAAUGUUUCUCAUAACAAUCUUACAGAGUUUAUACCUCAGGGUGCCCAAUUUGAUACUUUUGAGAACAUUUCUUGUGAGGGGAAUCUAGGAUUGUGUGGAAAACCCUUGUCAAAGCCAUGUGGAAGUUUAGGGCCAUCUUCACCUCCAUCUUCAUCGUUGCAAGUAGAUAAAAACUCAGAAUCCCCUGCUACAAUCGAUUGGGUUGUCAUAAUUUUGGGAUAUGGUGGUGGAUUAAUUAUUGGAUUGGUCCUUGAGCAGGAUCUAACCACAAGGAAUCACUACUGGUUUGUGAAGACUUUUGGAAGGAGGCAAUAA